CACAAGUUCAGAUGUCGCGUAUAUUUGACAGUUUUCAGCACCUGAAUUGAUGCAAACAAAACCAAACUACUUUGAUUUAGGAACCUACCUUGCUAGUUUACUGGCAAUGUCUGCCCCCCAGCCAUUGACUUGAAAUGAAAACUGAAAGAAGCAGCAGCAUUAUUAUUAUUUUACUUUUAGCCCAACAAGGUGGCAGCUGUUGUGAGUUAAGUUCUUCGGUGACAAACGAUACAUUUUUAGGUCGAUUUUUAUCACCUGUGUGAUAGAGUCCCCGAAUAAAAUCACUUGAGGCCAACAAAUAGUUUUGAGCUUGGACAUCAUGGAACUGUAUCGCGGAACUAUUCACAAUUGAAAGGGAACCGGGAAAGGGGCUGCGCACUACCGUCUUGACUUCCGGUUGGGGGUGGGCCGCUCGGCUGAGUGAAUAUAGAACUUCAAAAUAAAAUUAAUCACAUUUUAUUUUUUCCUGCGAUUUUAAUUGUGAAAAAUCACAAUAAUAAAGCAAAAGAAGUGUCAGUCUGAGAGUGUAUUAUUUGUAUAAAUCACAUAUUAAAUAAAAAAGGUUUUUUUUAAAGUUCACAGAAUAUGAAACGUGGGGGAAUUUUUUUUAAUGGGCUCUAUGCACAGCCCCACUACUUCCUGAAUUUAAGGCAGCUUCUUCAUUUCCUGUCUUACAUUAUUGGAAGAACUGAUCAAUCCAGGUUUGACUGAUCAUUGUGACUAGUGAGACACGGGCUGUGUCCCUAACCCCUAUAUACUGUAGGCGACUAUAUGGGGGUUAGCGCCAUUUUGAGGGGUGUCUGAAACCUGAGUGAUCAAUUCCAAUACUCCUAUGGUCAACUUACCCCAUAUGCGGGGUAAGUUGACCAUAGGAGACCACUUUUUUUGGCAUGCUAUAUUAUCAAGACAGUUAUGUUUAAGCUCAUUCUGUUGGUUUUCAGGGAUGAACAACAUCUUAAAAUUUAUGCAAAUACACUAGUUAGAGACAAAACUAUGAUUGUCUUGAUGUAGUGAUCCGAAAUAUGAAAAAUGGCUCAUCUUACCCCACUCUCCCCUAAUUGAUAUAAAUAUCAACUUUGGAGGUCUUGUCAUGCCAUUAUCGGCCACUAGAGCCGCUGUGGGUAAACGAGCGUCCUCUCACAACGCCGGAUACAAACUUUCUUCUUUUGCUGCUUGUAAACAUGGCGGAGGUCAGCAGCAGGUUGGAAGAGGCACCUACGACUUUGGUCAUGUAAUUUGGGAACGAAACACCCCUUGAAGCCAGAAACUACGAGGUCAAACUACAGCAGUCACUCCGUCUCUUUCGCCUGGAUUUGGAAAAUAUAGAAAACAGUUUGAAUCUGAAAAUGCUGCUGAGAAAGUGACCGGGGGAGGUCUCAGAGGAGGGUUACAAAAGGUGACACAGCAGGAGUUUGGUAAUACUGGACAUGAAGGAUACUCAACUCCUGAAGAGAUCCGGUUUCACAUUAUAAUUUCAUCUCCUUGCUGAAGUAAAAUCAUGUUUCGGAGGACUUUCUCCACCUUCAGGUCUUCCUCAGACCAGAUCCUGUGUGGUCGUUGUCUAAUACCUGCAGAGGCUGUCAGAGCUUACAGCGGUAAUGGGGCCAGAUCCGAGCCUCUUUAUAAGACUAAAACGGGAUACUAUGAAAUACUGGAAGUUGCACCCAGCGCCACUCAUGCCCAGAUCAAAACCGCCUACUAUAAGCAGUCCUUCAUCUACCACCCGGACAGAAACGCCGGGAGCGACGCGGCCACCGUCCGCUUCUCCGAGAUCAGCGAGGCUUACACCGUCCUGGGGAACAAAGCCCUGAGGAAGAAGUACGACCGGGGUCUCCUGAGCCAGUUCGACCUCACCGCCACAGCCAGACCCUCCUCAUCUACCAGGGACACCUCAGGAAGCUCCGCCAAACAGAGAACCGAGGGUCGGAGGUCUGUGAUGGGCGCAGACAGCCGAGAAGGGGUCUUUGAUUUCGAUAAGUUUUUUAAGGAGCACUACGGCGAGCAGCUCCAGAGACAGAAGUACAUUAAAAUCCGCAGAGAGGAGAUGAAGAAGAGGAGAGAGGAGGGCGUGGGUGAUAAGUUAGGCAAGGUGACGGAGGUGGGAGUGGCGUUGAUGCUGGUGGUGGCUGUGUGUUUAAUGCUCAGCAUAAAACGAGUUUAAUAUCUGAUGGACGCCUAGGAAUUAUAAUUAUUUUAACACGAAUACACACCAACCUCCGUAAAAAAUGUACUGUUUUUAGCUUCAAUGCCUCCAGUCUUUGUCAAACAGCUGAUACAUUGACCUCUUUCUGGACUGUUUCUCGACCUCUGACCCCAUAUGCGGAUCCACACAAACAAUGAUUUUAUUUUUUUUUUUAUGCUUUAUUCAGAGACAAUAAAAUUACAAUUCCAAACAUAGCAGAGUCAGUUCAAUACAGUAAUUUCAAUAUUGAAAUAAUAUAUCAAUGGGAAAGCAACAAUGCAUGUUUAGACAGGGGAAAAAAACAGUAGGGCAAUAAAAUAAAGUAGAUAGCGAAGAACAACAAGCAAACAGAAACAUAAAGUAACUUAAAAUAAUCUAUGCCAGUGGUUCUCAAGUCUAGUCCUCGAGGCACACUGUCCUGCAUGGUUUGGAUGUUUCCCUGCUCCAACACACCUGAUUCAAAUGAUUAGCUCGUUAUCAAGUCAUCACAGAGCUUGAUAACGAGCUGAUCAUUUGAAUCAGGUGUGUUGGAGCAGGGAAACAUCCAAACCAUACAGGACAGUGGGCCUCGAGGACUGGACUGAAGACCCACUGAUCUAUGCUAUGCAAAACUUUACAAGGGUUUUCUUUCUUUUUUAAAAAGCUGUUCAUAUCAGUGAGAAAAUUCUGUAAGUUAUCAUAUAACUUUUAACUUUUCAAACCAGUUAAACUUUUUAGAGAUUUCAAAUACAUUUUAAAUUCGUUUAUGGAAACAACAAAUCUGAGGGAUGAUCUCAUGACUUUAUUCUUAUGGAUGAAAUAUUUGGCAAGACAUAAGAUUACAUUGCAACAAAGUUCUUAAUUUUUAUUUGGUAGUAUCAUUCCAUACUACCACAUACAUAUCCACAUACUGUCAUUUUUUAAUCCAAAAAACAAUCCAGUGAAUGUUAACCCAGAAUGUUUGUGCUAUGUUACAUGAGAAAAAUAUUGGGUCCGUUGUUUCAGUCUCAUUUUCACAGAAAGUUCACAUGUUGUCUUCUAUAUUAAAUCGCUGUCUGAGUAGUUCCUUUGAAGGAUUGAUGUUCACUAUUUUAAAGUGACAAACAUUGAAUUUAUGGUUGGAUAUUGUGACCUUUAGAUGAUAAACUUUCCAUCUCAGGGUCUCUACGUAACUGUGCAAUCUGAUAGUAAAACCCCCUCCGCUGAAAAACUACAGUCAAAGUUUAUUGCAUAUGCUAGAAUUACUGAUUCUGCUUUAUCUCAACACAGUACUGUACACUUCAACUCACCCCGUUAAUUAAUUGUUAGAAUGGCUUUCACUGAGUGUAUUUUACUUAACUAUAAUUAAAAAGAUACACAUAAGCUCCCAGAUACUGUUGCGGCUCAGCAGUCAGCUUUACUGAAGUGUAGUUAAUCACCCUCUGUGCCAUGAGUGUUCUCUGUAGAUCCUGUAAUCCUGAAAACAGGAGUAUUCACCGGUGGAUUUACAACCUGAUAACACUACAGUUUAAAUCCUUUGACUUUUAUAAAGUCAUCUGUUCUGCAGAUUUCUUUAUUUUUAAUGUUAAAUCAAGUGUAAAUAGUUCAAUUGUAUUGCUAUUUAUUUAAAAUAUUCAUAGCAAUAUAAAAUAUCAGGGGUGUGUGGAUGGCUUCAAUAAAGGUAUGAAGAACUGUUGUUUUAAUUUCAGAUCGUUAAGUAUGAGAUUGUGCCUUUGAUCGUAUUUAUGUGAAAAAUCACUGGUUUUACUCUUAAACAGCUAAAUAAAAGGAUUUAUGGGCAGUGCCUGCCAAAGACCCACGACAGAAA